CGCCCCUCUCACCGCGUUUCGGGUGCUGCACAACAUUGGCUCAAAGCACACUUGCACCCUUCCAGACCACCUAGGAAAGCUAGGAAAGCGGCGAAGCCCUGUGAACAAGCCCGCCGGUUGCAGGGAAAACUGGAGAAGGCCUGCGGGUUGACAUCAACACGAGCUUCUGUCCGUAGUUUGCGCAAAGAGAACUAGCCAUUGUCGUAUCGUGGGUGGGGGAAACUUGUCGAGGAAGCCGCGGUGGACAUACUAUGUAGAUGGCUGGGUGCAUGCUGCUGUCGCAUCAUUUACACUUCUUCUCCGCCGUCACCGCAGCUGGUGCGGAUAGGGAUAGAGAGAGAACCACACCGGACAGGCUGGUUCAUGCACGAAUCAUACUUCGCCAUGGGGAGCGCGGCCGGCACGGGUGCUGGGCGCCAGUGCCACUGAGGUUGUCGUGGAUGCCCACCACCACCACCACCACCACCAACCACCACGGGUCGAGGACAAGUCGACGUCGAAAAUGUCAUGUUUCGUCGACUCAGCGAGGCGAGGAAGAUCGGCCGUCCCUUCCCUGUUGUUUCAGAGUUGCUCUGGGUUUGGUAGCCUUUCCCAUCUCCACUGAGUCGGAUCCAGGGAACUCGACAUGCUUUUUUUCAAGGGUUGGGUUGGUCAGAUGUAUUCGUAGCUGCCUCUUUACACUGCAGUCAGUCGUCAUGACCGGUGUCAGCCAGGAUAAGGAGAGCCCAUCGACCCUGAGGUGAAAGGCCGAAGAAAGUCUCUUUUCCUCUGCAGUAGGUAGGCUGGCUGGUGGAACUCGCCCACAAUGGUCGGGAAUUAUUGUGCAGAUUUGACAGGUGAGCGGCAGGUACGCCGGUGGUGGCGACUGACGGCUACCGUCCAUCAACCGCCGCCGGAGAAAUAAAGGACGACGGUAGCGCGAG